UUUACAGGCGUACGUACGCGCUCACUUACACGCCCCUCAUCUUUGCUUCAAGUUUCAACAACACACAUCACUCCACAUACACACACACACACACACAUAAUAAACUUAAACUAUAUAUAUAUACCACCAAACCCUCACUCCAAAACAUAAAACCAUAUAUUCCAACAACACUAUAAAGGCUUAAGACAUUAUCCUUUUGUGUCACACCAAACAUAUCAACUUAAUUAAUUAUACGUACAAAUUAAAAUGACAGUGAAGAGAAGCUGGGAAGACGAUCAAGAAGUCGAGAAGUUAGCCAUGGCAAAUUGCUUAAUGCUGCUAUCACGUGUCGGUGAAUCGGGUGGUCGGGUUUUUAAUUGCAAAACAUGUAACAAAGAAUUUAAAUCAUUUCAAGCUCUAGGGGGGCACCGUGCAAGUCACAAACGUACUAAAUUAUUAUUAUCAUCAAAUAAUAAUCAAGUACAAUUAUCUCCACCGAAACCUAAGUCCCACGAAUGUUCUAUUUGCGGCCUAGAGUUCGCGAUUGGACAAGCGUUGGGUGGUCAUAUGAGACGACAUCGUGACAUUAUUAGCAACGAGAAAAUCGGUGUGGUCGUUUUGCCUAAGAACGGAAAAAGAGGCGGGUUGUGUGAUCUGGAUUUGAACCUGACACCUUAUGAAAAUGAUAUGAAGCUGUGGAGUACUAGUGUUAAAACGACUCUUGCUACAAUGAUGAUCAAGAGAGGUUGGGAAGACGAUAAGGAGAUCGAGCAUUUGGCAAUGGAUAACUGCUUGAUGCUUCAGACUCCCACGGAUCAAUCAAGUGCAACAUCCACGAUGGGCCGAACGUUUCAUUGUAAGUCAUGCAACAAGGGGUUUAAGUCAUUUCAAGCUUUGGGUGGCCACCGUGCUAGCAGCCACAAGCGGUUCAAAUUGUUGGACCAACAACCAAAGGCCGAGUUGCCACCAAAGGCUAAAACGUACGAGUGCUCAGUUUGUGGACUUGAGUUUGAACUUGGUCAGGCGCUAGGUGGUCAUAUGAGGCGACAUCGUGACAUAGUGGUGGGGAGAGAGCUUUUACCAAUGGCGUCUAGCUCGACGGGUUUGGGUUUAGAUUUGGAUUUAAAUUUGACACCGUAUGAGAAUGAUCUGAAGCUGUUAAACCGGCCGGUGGUGAUUUGA